AUGUCUGAAGAAAAUCAACCAAUAUUUGCUGACACCGCUCCAGAUCUCAAGGAUGCACCUGUUGUUGAGUUCGAUGAGCGUCAAUAUGACAUGCUCAAAGAUAAUUUAGUCCAUCAAAUCGAUGAAUUUAACCCAAGAAUUGAACAAUUAAAGCAAACAUAUGAAUAUUUAGCAAACUCAGCCGAAAAAGGUGUUAAAUCUAUCGGGAUUGACAUUAUUGAUGAAAUCCAACGAAUUAGACCAAGAAUGGAAUCAAUUCACAAUACUUCUAUAGCAGUUUCAAAGAGAAUUCAAGCACUCGGACUCAACCAACAGACAAUCUCUACAUUGGCAAUUCCAAAACAGAUGAGACCAGUUCAUGAAGAAUUCUUUAGUUUCAAAGAUGAAUUUGAUGCAGCUUUAAAGAACGUUGCCCAGCUAUCAAGAUCAGUUACAACGCAAUAUGAUAAUAUUUCCGAUACUUUGAACGGAAUUAAGCAUAUUCCAGAAAAUAUUACCAAAAUAAUCGAUGAAAUUGAAACUUACAGAGCAAAUUGCUAUAAUCAAGCAAUGGAAGCUAAUAAUCUUAAGUCUGAACUAGAAAAUACAAUCAUUCAAACGUUUCAACAAACUUUAGCUCAAUUUGAUCAAAAAACUCAAGAAGCAGAAAAAAUUAUUGAUGAAUAUGAAGCAAAAACUAAAAAUGGCGUGACAAAAUUUGAAGAAAGCACUAAAAACAUUGAAGAAAAGAAAGAAGAUUUGAAAAAUUCAUAUGCCAAUCUCAGUUCUGAGAUUAUGAAGUCGAUUAACGAGAAGAUCGACAAUAUAUCUAGCAAUAUUCGCGACUACAAAACAAAAUCUGAUAAUGAUUAUCAAAUGAUGCAUAAAAAAAUGUCAGUUGACCUUGAUGAAAUACAUAUUCUUCAAUCACAAGACUCAUUAAAUACUGUUGAUGAAUAUAUCAGCCAAGAAAAAGAAAUUGCAGAAGUAGAAAUCUUAACUGAACGAUUAAAUCGUUUACAAAAGCAAAUUGAAGAGAUUAAAUGCGGAAAUGGUGAUCAGACUUCAGAAAACGAGCCAGAGUACAAAGAUUACAAAGGAAUUUGGCAAGAGAAAAAUGUUAUAUUUAGAUGUCAUUCCAAUGGAGAGUUCGAAGUUAUAGAAAGUUCCACUGAAGAAUAA